UCGUCCCUUUCUGGGAUCAUUUCCCUGACUUUAUUUUCUGCUCUCGACCUAAUUAUUGUUUGAAUUGUGGGAAUGUUGAAAAACCCAGCUCGGGGCAGGUCCCUCAGUGGGAGAUAAUUUAUGUUGUCAGUUUUACUUUUCCAGCAAAGGAUGAGAGAAGUAGCGGGAAGGGAAUUGUCCCAAGCCAUGUGGUACACAGAUGCGGGACAGAGAACACAACCCACGCACAGCGAGACCACGAGAGGCCUCCCAAAGGCCGUCACAUGGGGAGUGAGAUGCCCUACGCCCUCUCCAUCGGCAGAGAGAAUUCCUCUCUGCGGGAGGAGCAGACAAAGACAGACAGAAGCAGCCCUGCCUGAGCGUUGGGAAAUAAGAGCCCUCCCACCCACCUCCUGCUAGGGCCAAGGCAGCGGGGAAAGCUGCCCGGAGCCGCCCCCUCUCAAAGCUGGAUGCGGGGGAGCGAGCCUGGAACAAACCUCGCCUGAGCUUGUGGGCAGAGCCGGGAGCAGGGAAAGCUGGGAGCAGGAGAGAGGCAGCUCACGCUGCCGGCUGAGUCACCCCGAGCGUAUAAAAUCAAGGCGAAGCAGUCGGAGUCACUCGGAGAGGAGCACGAGGCACCGGGACUUUUGGACAGGAAACAGAUCUUGCAAACUGCAAGCACUUCGGAGAAGGAUGCUGUCACCCUUGCUCAUCCUCCCUCUGCUGCUGGGGACCACAGCACAUGGCCUGGCGAGCAGAGCAGCAUCCAGGGAUGUCACCACCUUCUUCCAGCUGGCUCAGGAGGACACUUGGGAGAAUGUUAAUCUCACCAGCAUGUCCUGCGAGGAUCAGAAGAACAGGACCUGGAUCACCCUGCAGCUGACCAACAGGAGCCUGACAGCUUUCCCAGUCUGCCUUCCAGAGGCUCUGGAGAGCCUGGAUCUCAGCAAUAACCUCUUGGAAGAGGUGAAUGGCACAGAGAUAGCAAACCUGCCACAGCUGCGUGUCCUCUCGCUGAGGCACAACCACCUCUGGUCAGUGAGGUGGGGAUCUGAAGUCCUCAGCAGUCUCCUCGAGCUGGACUUGAGCUUUAAUAAGCUGUCAUCUGUGCCAUCCUGCCACGGCUCUGCCCUGCCUAACCUGAGGUGGUUGUCCUUGGCUGGUAAUCCCCUGAUUGAAAUCCAGCCACUGGCUUUUUCCUGCUACCCUCAGCUGCAGGUCCUGAACCUCUCUGUGACACUGCUAGGGCAGGAUGACAGCAGAGGAAUUAGGGACUCUGCUUUUGCCAUCAGCACUGAUCCCAACGAGGCCAUGAACAGGCCUGGAAACUCCAUCAAUGUGCUUGAUCUGAGCGGGACCUUUUUCGAGAAAAUUCAACCAGAGUGGGCCAGAGAUUUGGCCAACCUCACAUCACUUCACCUGACAAACAUGCCACGGUUAAGAAGCCUCGACAGCAGCUUCUUCAAGUCCCUGCCUGGUCUCCGAGAGCUGCACUGUCAGGACUCCCGUUCCCUGGGUUUCGUGCAGACAGAGAUGUUUCACAGUGCCCCUCACCUGAGCCAUCUCUCAUUUGAGAACUGUAACCUGAGUUCCUUUAAUCCUUGGAGCACCAAUUCAUCGGAUGGCAUCACCAUCAACUUGUACGGGAAUCCUCUGCUGUGCAACUGCCAGCUCUCCUGGCUGCUGUCCAAGCCCGAGAAAGUUAUUCUGCAAAAGGCUCGGGAGACCUUUUGUACAUCCCAGGAAGAUUCGGGCAGACCUUCAACAUCUCUUUCACUGCUGGAGCUCUACAACAAAUGCCAGUCAGAGAGCAACAUUACACAGCCUAACUCAAGCACAGCCCUUCCUGAUGGUGAUGCUUUCAGCUUCACCAGUGAUGAUGCCUCUGCUGCAGUAACAACAGACUCAGCUCUGCUGACCACAGAUUUGACUCACACCAGCUCCUUAAUCCAGAGGCAUGUGGUGAGCACUGCAACAUCCAACACAAUGCCAACCAAAGACACCUAUACCAGCUCCCCAGUCCAGAGGGAUGCAAGGAGUACAGCAAUAUCCAAUCCAAUGCCAACCAAAGACACCUAUACCAGCUCCCCAAUCCAGAGGGAUGCAAGGAGCACAGCAAUAUCCAAUCCAGUGCCAACCAAAGACACCUAUACCAGCUCCCUAAUACAGAGGGAUGCAAGGAGUACAGUAGCAUCCAACCCAACAGAACCCAUCCUAACAAAUACCAACAGUUCCUCCCACGAGGUGGAGGCAGUUUCUGAACCCACAAGCAGUCCCCCUUCCUUGGCAUCUGUAACCUCCUUCCCAGUUUUUCUCCAAGAGCUCUUUGCUCAGUCCCCAGACCACAGCUCCCCAAGUCCAGCUGGAACAGAACAGCUACAGAGAGGGCUCAGGACAACCGACGUGACAUUCCCCCAAGAAGGGCCAUUCAACCAGACCACCAGUGACUAUUCUGCUGGAGGAACAGGAGUCCCCCACACCACCAACCACCCCUCUCACUCCUCUACCACUCAUGCCAGGCAAGGUGCCCCCCAGACGAGCCCCCCACAGCUGAACUCCACAAAGAGCAGUGCCCGCUCAGAGCCUGCGCCCACCACACCAUCACCAGAUUACCCCGAGGACUACGACUACGAACAGCCAAAGGAGGAAGCCCCGGUGCAAACGGUCCAGGUCGCCUGUGACUACGAUCCUUGCAGGCACCUGCAGAAGCCGUGCAGGGAGCUCCAGAACAUAUCCCAGUGUUCAUGUCCUGGCACAUCGAGGGAAGAUGAGAUUCCAGACCCACCCAGGCUCAGAGCGGUGAUUGAAAUCACUGACAGCUCUGCACAGAUCCGCUGGUGUGCCCCAUAUUCAGUUGUUCACAGCUAUGAGCUGAGGCUUCGUGCCCAAGACAGCGAGGACAGGCAGUUUGUCAUGGACAACAUCUACCCCACGGCCAGGCAGUACACUCUGUACAACCUACUUCCAUUUACCACGUACCAGAUCUGUGUCACUGCCUCCAACAAAGCAGGGUCAAGCCAGACAACAGGCCAGGAAACUCCAGGUAAUUCGUGCACCAGCUUUAAAACAAAACCCAACUACAAGUAUGUUUUUGCUGGUCUGUCUGCAGCAAGUGGACUCUUUCUCAUUACCACAAUUAUUUUGUCUGUAUGUCUGUGUAAGGCAUGUAAAAAGCCUCAGAGUGAGCAGUAUGGCACACACUUAGUCUCCUACAAGAACCCAGCAUUUGAUUAUCCCUUAAAAAUACAAACCACUAAUUAGCUGUGGGUGAUUGUUCUAUACAAUCAAAGUUCUCUAUCUCCAUCACCUUGGUGUGUUUUUAUGAGACUCUGAAAGUGUCCUUCAGCAAAAUAUGAACCAUCAGAUUCCAUAACCCUGACGUUUCUAAGGGAGAGAAAACCACCAAAGAAAGAGAAAAACUAAUAACGAAAUUAGUCAACCAGAAAAAAGCCUUUGGACUCCUGUUCCUGUGCUAAUCAGCAGCAAGCCUGGACACUAACCUUGAAAAGUUGUUUUUGUAAUCACCUACAAAUAGAGUAGCAUAAAUCUCACACAGUGAGAGGCUGCCUGGCCAGCUGUCUGCCCUCAGUAUCUCCCACGAACAAAGUCAGAUGUCAGAUGAGAGUUGCAAUCCAAGGUGCAUUAGGCUUAGCAAGAUGUACUCUGCUUUUAUUCACAGAGCAAAGCUGGGGGUUCUGUUUUUUAAAGGUAUUAUCCAUAAAGAGAGUAUAGCUGAAAGGAGUAAGUGGGCUCAGUGACAAGGUCUUGUGCAGAUUAACUCCUCUAAGCAAAUGCAGUGGAUGCAGUGGAUGCAGAUGAUCAACCUAACUUCAGUUCAGGAAAAAGAAACAUGAAAUUUAAUUGUAGUCACAGACUGUGCAGGAUCCUUAGGGCAGGGGUAAUUGUUUGGUUCUGACUUUUUGUAAGGUUGUGCACAGCUGAGCCUCCCAAGUGCUUCCCCAAAACAAGCUCACAGGCAGUGGGGGGUUUGCAGUACAGCAGUGACCCACAGAAGGGGGGAGGGGAACACAUUAAUUGCUUCCCAGUGGAUUUUAAGCAGAGAGGAUAUUCCACCCCAAUCAUCCAUCCCAUCUACAGAUUUAGCAGCUGAUGAUUUACCUCAUACAGAGGCAAAAAGCCAAGUAAUGAAGCAAUUUAAUGUGUGUGCUGCUGAGGCUUGAAAAACCCAAAUCCCCUGCACUAGCAGCAGACAGUUCUGCAGACACCUUCCAAAUGAACACUUGGGUGCCAAUUUCUGUACAAUAAUAGUAAGAAAUGCUGACAAUCCCAACUUUGAGCUUGCCAUUGGAAUCCAAAGAGGUGUCCCAAUCUGGUAUUUCCCCAGGCUUCAGUUCCAGGAGCUGCCUGUUGCUGCUGCUGUACAGCACUGUACAUGCACAGUGCAUAAACCCCUCUGAACUCUGAGGGAAAGGUGCUGUAGUGUGUAAGAGUCUCUGUUCCAUUCUUUUGGGGUUUUUAAUACUUUCAGUAUUACUGAAAUAAAAGCCACAGAGCUAUGUUCUGGUUUUUUUGUUAAAGACAUGCAUCUUGGUGUUGUCUUUAUCAUCUACAAUGUUUGGCCUGAGAAAUUAAUUGCUUUUGUUGUUUUGGAAUGAACUUUCAACACGUAGUAAAGAAAUGUUUUUAUGAUGGUAGAUUUGUGUUCACUGAUGUCCCAAGAGCUUUCACUUUGGAUGUGGCAGAGGGAGGUUUGCUCCUUUGCCACCACUAUGGGCUUGCAGUCCUUUCAUGGGAAUUUGUCCUCUCCCCAUCACUGGACAGAUAGAGAUUCCUGCCAUGUGUGUCCCAAGUUUGGCUGAGCCCCAUGACUCAAAAAUACAAAUGAAGAAGACAGGA